CAUGAUGCUGCAGAACUAGAUAAUAGAGAAAGCUUAAUUGACAAGUGUGACAUCAAGCAAACCAAAACAUUAUAUGUUAUAUAUAAAAGUGGAAAAUUUGCUUGCCUAUGUGGUUUUUAUGUAAUCCGCGGUCACGACUGUCAGGAUAUUGUAGCUGUUCGGCUAUUUAUUGAUAAGGUUAAAUUACAAAAUCAACUCCCUCUAAGUGCACAUGCUAAUGGUCACAAGAAGGAUGAGCUCAAACUACCUAAAAAAAGGGGCCCUAAAAAUAAAAGAAAAAAUCGAUUGGUGCCGGGUGAAUCUAUUUACCUUCAAGGUACAAUUUUAAAUAUACCUUACAAAAAUGUAAAAAUUGUUGAAAUUAUUGGUGAGAGCAGAGUUAUUGUGGAUAUUAUCUUUGAAGAUGACUGCAGCAAAGCGCUGACCCAAGUUUUUGGUAGUUGUCUUAGAUGCCACGUCAGAGGUCAAGUGAAGCCCAUAUCGUCAUCUAAGGACUCUUAUGGUAAUGUUGUCAUCUUUACAAUACCAUAUGGAGAAAAGAAAGACACAUUAUAUUUAACCUCUACAUGUCCA